AUGACUCUUCCACCCCUCCCCCUCCCCGCAGGCAUAACAAGCCGCAACAUCCAAACCAACGAUCUAAACAUCCACAUUUUAGAAGCCGGCCAAACCCCGAAAAACGACAAGCCAUUAAUCCUCCUCCUCCACGGCUUCCCAGAAAUAGCCUACUCAUGGCGUCGCGUCCUCCCCAAACUAGCAGCUGCAGGCUUCCACGCCGUAGCCCCAGACCAACGCGGCUUUGGCCGCACCACAGGCUGGGACACGCGCAGUUACGAGGACGUCGACCUGGCGACUUUCUCGUUAUCUAGCCUGGUGCGGGAUAUUGUGCUCCUCGUACACGCGCUAGGCUACCGCUCCGUGCGAUGCGUCGCAGGUCACGACUGUGGUGCUGUAUCGGCAGCCAUGUGCGCCAUAAUGCGACCAGAUUUCUUCCAGAGCGUGGCGCUUAUGAGCCAUCCGUUCAACGGAGCCCCAGAUUUACCGUUUAAUACGGCGAAUGCGGAUGCCGCGGCAGGUGGGUCUGAUACGGGUGCGGGCGGUGCUGAGGGGUCUGCUACUGCGGUGGGGAUCCAUGAGGCACUUGCAGAGCUGGACCGGAAGCAUUAUAAGUGGUAUUACUCAACUAAGGAGGCUGGGCCUGAAAUGUCGGAUCUGGGAACUGAGGAAAUGCAUCGCUUCUUGCGGGGAUACUUUCAUCUAAAGAGCGGUUCGUGGUCGGGCAAUCGCCCACAUCCGCUCGGGAAAUGGUCUGCAGACGACCUGGUUCAGCUACCCGGGUACUAUAUCAUGCCGUUGAAUGAUACUAUGCCUGCGACAGUGGCGCGCGAUAUGGAGCACGAGUUGUCCGGCGGUCUAGCCUCGCAUUCGUGGCUACCGGAUGAGGAGCUUGCUGUUUAUGCGGGUGAGUAUGGUCGCACAGGAUAUCAAGGUGGGCUAAAUUGGUAUCGUGUUCGUACUGCUGCUGGGGGCCGGUAUACGAAGGACUUUGAUAUCUUUGCUGGGAAGAAGCUCGAGCCGCCUUGUGCUUUUGUUUCAGGAAAGUUGGACUGGGGUAACUAUCAGGAGCCUGGUGCCAUCGAGAAAAUGAAAAACGGGGUUUCGUGCGCUGACCUGCGUAUAUUUCGGUUGGUGGAUGGGGUUGGGCAUUGGACACCUCAGGAAAGUCCGGAGGAGGUGGCGCGCGCGAUCUUGGAUUUGAUCGGAGGUCUGCGGGAUUAG